CUGUGGAGGUAGGUUAGCUGUUCACGUCCGUGCGUCGAGCAUUUGCGUCACACACUCACGUCCUUGGGCAGCGGGCCGUCUUUCACGCCUGUGUCCAACGCCUUGGAGAAAGUACACAUGAAUACCUCUGGCUCCUAUGACUUUUGAGGGAGACUCAGUAGAAGCGUAGCGCUCAGCAUGGUUGAUAUGUUAUUGUUUUUUCUGUUAUAUUACAGUGUUGUGGGUGUCGCUCUUCGUUGACAAAAUGGCCCUAAUUCAACGAAACACUAAUGGUGAAUUUGAUGUCUUCAGAUAUAUUGUUAAUGAAUUUUUGAGAGUACUCUCUUCAUGUUGAAAUGGUGAAAAUUACGCAUAUCAUUUUUGAUGUUGAUGGACUCCUGCUGGACACAGAAUCAGUGUAUACUGAAUUCACAUCUAAUUUUCUUCAACCUUAUAAUUUAACAUUUGAUUAUAAUGUGAAAAAAAUGAUGAUGGGACGGAAACCCCGUGAAGCUGCUGAAUUACUUAUAAAGAAAUUUAAUCUGCCUAUCAGUGUCGAUGAAUAUAUUACAAGGCAAUCGAAUUAUUUAACACCAGAGAGAUGGAAAUCUGUUCAGUGUUUACCUGGUGCAGAGAAGAUUAUUCAUCAUUUUGCACGGCAUAAUAUCCCUAUGGCAUUGGCUACUGGUUGUUGUAGUUAUGAACUUGAACAAAAAAUGACAAAUCAUCAAGAGAUCUUUGGUAAAAUGUCACAUUCUGUAUGCUCUGGAGAUGAUCCGACUAUUAAAAAUGGUAAACCUAAGCCAGAUAUCUUUUUGGCUGCAGCGAAUAGAUUUAAAAAUCCUCCACAGUGUUUAGAUGAAGUUCUGGUAUUUGAAGAUUCUCCAAAUGGUGUAGAAGCUGCUCUGUCAGCAGGAAUGCAUGUCGUCUGGAUACCUGAUCCACGAGAACCGCCUGGAGUUUGUUUAGAUUCCCUAUCAUCUUUUGAUAUUUCACGUGUUACCAGGCUGACUAGUUUAUGUGAUUUUAAACCUGAACAAUUCGGUUUACCUGGAUUUGAGACAUGAAAAGUCUUUGUAAAUAAUUUUAACAUUUUUAUUUAUUAUAAUAAAGGUUUUUGUAUUUCCCAAUGAAUGAAAAACAAA